GAGUAUGCUCGAAUGCCACCAGUAUUUAACUUCGAUCGUUACGAAAUUUGCGUUAAUCAAAAAGAUGGUAUAUAUUGUACUAUAAAUAUUGACCUAGUUACUGACGAAGAAAAUGAUCUUUUCAAUAUUAUACAGGAAUAUAGCGAAAGAAAAGAAACACAUUACAAUCACACGAGGCUAUUUCACGGCGUUUGUGUUAGCAAAAUGUGUUCCGACUAUUUGAAAAAAAACUCAUCAGAAGAUUUUAAACUAGUUGUCGAGAGAUGUUUAAAUGAUACCUAUUGGAAGAAUUACAAAUUAAAAACUAAACUACACGACAACAUAAUUUGUAACUAUAAUAAUAAGCAGAUGGAUAAGAAAUUUGACCUGUUCGAUGUUGCCUUUGCAAUGUUUUGUUUAUUUUUAAUUUUAUUUAACUUAAUAGGAAGUGUUUAUGAUUUUUUUAUAAAAGGAAAUGAAGAGAACAAGUGGUUGCUAUGUUUCUCAGUGAAACAAAACUGGCGCAGACUUACGGCACCUACAAGAAACGGUUCCAAGCGGAGGGUUACCCGUCUUUUUGGACUUAAUGGCAUGAGAUUGAUAUCAACGUUUAUGAUGAUAGUUGUGCAUUCUAUACUGCCUUUUGUGAUAGCCGGAGACAAUACUAAGAAAGUAGAAGAUGCGUACAACAGUAUCUUGUACCACAUAUUGUUUGACGGAACUAUACUCGUGCAGACAUUCUUCGUUAUCUCUGGCUGUUUAUUAGCUUACAAUCUAGAAAUGUUUACGGUGAAAGAAAAAUUAAAUUGGAAGAUUAUAUUUAAAAGAACAUUUGCAAGAUGGCAGAGAUUUACACCUCCGUAUGUUAUUGUGUUAGCAUUUACCAUGACUUUGGCCAGAUUUGCCGGAUCUGGACCUUUAUGGCACAAAAUAGUGCAUAGUGAAGUCCAAGACUGCCGACGCGACGGAUGGCUGAACAUGCUCUACGUCAACAAUUACAUAGAUAGAUCUCAAUGCAUGAUGCAUACUUGGUAUUUAGCAGCAGAUAUCCAUUUGUCUAUCCUUGGAUUGAUCACAUUAGUAGUAGCAAAGAGUAAUCGAGCUAGAAUUGUUAUGUUAUCAUUUUUAUUUAGUAUUUCUCUGGUGAUUCCUGCUCUACAAACGUACUAUCAAGACCUGUACGCGUAUUUCACUAUUACUCCUGAAUUCGUUAGAGCACUGUUCAGAAAUGAUCCUACAUUCAAUGCGUACAGGCGCACCCACACGAACAUAUCUUGUUAUAUCACAGGCCUUAGUCUCGGACUUUUGAUUAGUAAAUUACAAAAAAAGAAGAUGAAUACAAAAAUAUCUGCGAAAUACAAAUAUUUGUAUUGGGCAAUUGUACCGAUUGGUAUAGCAGUAAUACUCACCAGUGGCAUAUUCUAUAUGGACGGCAUGGUGGCUCCUCUCAUCUACAAAGCAAUACACUCCAGCACAUUGCGAGCUGUUGCUGGGAUCUUAUUAAGUGCAAUCAUACUAGGAAUGGUACUCAGAAUCGAAGAUACCUACAGAGGAAUCUUGGAGUGGCGCGGCUGGACAACGCCAGAGCGGCUGUGUUACUCCGCGUACCUCCUGCAUCUCAUUGUCAUACAAAUUCUCACUGGCACACGGACUACCUUGAUAUACAUAACAGAGUUUCAAAUAGAAUAUAGCGAAAGAAAAGAAACACAUUACAAUCACACGAGGCUAUUUCACGGCGUUUGUGUUAGCAAAAUGUGUUCUGAAUAUUUAAAGAAAAACUCGUCAGAAGAUUUUAAAAUUAUCGUCGAGAAAUGUUUAAAUGACUCGUAUUGGAAGAAUUACAAGUUGAAAACUAAA